AUGGUGUUCACACAACCAAAAUGGGUACCGAAUGUCGAUUUGGAGACAGUACCAGACUCAAUUCCUGUCAGUUAUUUCAUGCUAGAUGAGAAGUAUGGGAGGGCAAAGCUACGUGAUAGUAGAUCUCCUUUUAUAUGUGGACUAUCUGGUUCUCAGUAUACGUCUUCAGAGGCUAAACAACGCGUGGACUUCCUUGCUAGAGGAUUAGCUAAGGAGCUCAACUGGGCACCAAACAAAGGAUCAGAGUGGGACAAGGUCAUUACGAUCUUUGCCCACAACACUUUGGACAGUGUACCUCUCUCGUGGGCAGUGCACAACCUUUCUGGCAUUUCGUCGCCAGCUAACUCAGCAUACAAUGUCUCGGAACUCAAGCAUCAAAUCAAAUCUUCUGGCUCAAAAACUAUCUUCACGUGUCUUUCAUUACUGGAAACAGCAAUCAAGGCUGCAACUACCAGUGGUAUUCCAAGGAAACAUAUUUAUCUAUUGUCAAUGAGCUAUGAGAAGCAACUUGGUUACAUGCUGCCAUCGGAUAUAAAGACAGUUGAUCAGCUUAUCUUGGAGGGUUCUCGUUUGCCGGAGUUAGAGCCGCUUCAAUGGGAAAAAGGACAAGCCAUUCGUCAAUGUGCAUUUCUUAUGUAUUCAAGUGGAACUACUGGGUUACCAAAGGGUGUACAGGUGUCUCAUUAUAACGUUAUGGUCAAUGUUCUGCAAGUGGCUGCAUACGAGUCUCCAGCGCGUAGACCAGGCCAAACCAAAGUUGUUCUUGGGCUACUACCUCAGAGCCACAUAUACGGAAUCGUAUCUAUCUGCCAUAUCAGCAUCUAUCGAGGAGAUGCCGUGCUCGUCCUUCCAAAAUUCGACCUACCAGUACUAGCAGCUUCCAUUGAGAAAUUCAAGAUAAACGUCCUUUUUAUUGUUCCUCCAAUCAUUAUACAGAUCCUUAACAAUAAGCCAUUCUUAGAUCGAUUUGACCUCAGUUCUGUCAGCGAGGUCUUCAGUGGAGCAGCACCCUUAGGAGUCGAGACGUAUCGGGCACUUCUCAAAAACUACCCGUCUUGGUAUAUCUGUCAAGGGUACGGAAUGACCGAGACAACGUCAGCUGUAUCUAUGACUUCAGCCCUUGAUAUUUUCCCUGGAUCCUCGGGAAGUCUCGCCCCCGGAGUCCAGGCACGCAUAGUUUCCCUUUCAGAUGGCUCCGACAUAAGUGAAUAUGGAAAGGCUGGAGAGUUACUCAUCCGAGCACCCAAUGUGACUUCCUUGGGAUACUUAAACAAUGAAAAGGCCACAGUGGAAACUUUUGGCAGUGGUAAGGACGCCUGGCUACGAACCGGAGAUGAAGCAAUGUUCCUCAAGAAUCCCAAUGGAGACGGCAACGAGCAUUUAUUUAUCAUAGACAGGAUUAAAGAGUUAAUCAAAGUCAAUGGGCACCAGGUUGCACCAGCCGAGCUUGAAGCUUGCUUGAUUAGCCACCCGCUAAUUGCUGAUGCCGCAGUCAUACCAGUACCGGACGACGCGGCUGGGGAGGUCCCUAAAGCCUUUGUGGUACUUGCACUUCAUAAUCGUGGCCAAUUUUUUCAGAACCACUCUGAGUUCAUUGAAGAAAUUCAUGACUAUGUGAAGCAAGAGAAGGCGCAUUACAAAUGGCUCAAAGGUGGCAUUGAGUUUGUGAAGUCUAUCCCAAAAAGUCCGAGUGGAAAGAUUCUGCGUCGUACAUUGAGAGAUUAUGAGAGACAGAAAAUUAGACAAAGUGCAGCUAGACUAUAA